CUGGAUUCCAGCAAGAGGUCUCUGCCGGCACAGAUCUAGAACUCUUCUCCGCUACAAUAACCCACCACCACUUCCCCUGGUUUGGGAGCAGAACUGAAUAAAGGCCUUGAAAAGCAGGAACUGGGACUGCGAUUUGAGAAACUGCUUAGCUGCAGAAGAUGGGUGACUGGGGCUUCCUGGAGAAGUUACUGGAUCAGGUGCAAGAGCACUCAACGGUCAUUGGGAAGAUCUGGCUGACUGUCCUCUUCAUCUUCCGCAUUCUAAUCCUGGGCCUUGCUGGGGAAUCUGUCUGGGGAGACGAGCAGUCGGACUUCCUCUGCAACACCAAGCAGCCCGGCUGCACCAACAUCUGUUACGACAAGGCCUUCCCCAUUUCUCAUGUCCGCUACUGGGUGCUUCAGUUCCUCUUCGUCAGCACGCCCACCUUGGUCUACCUGGGACACGUCAUCUACCUCUCCCGGCGUGAAGAGAAGCUGAAGGAGCGGGAAAGUGAGCUGCGAGCUCUCCAGUCCAAGGGUGAUAAGGUGGCAGCUGCAUUGGUGGCAGUAGAGAAGAAAAUGGCCAAGAUCUCUGUGGCAGAGGAUGGGAGGAUUAGAAUCCGUGGACCUCUGAUGUUGACUUACAUCAUCAGUGUGGUGUUUAAAACCAUCUUUGAGGCUGGUUUUCUGGUGGGCCAGUGGUACCUAUAUGGCUUCGUUAUGAAUUCGCGCUAUAUUUGUGAGGGGUUCCCAUGCCCACACAUAGUGGACUGUUUUGUCUCCCGUCCCACCGAAAAGACCAUCUUCAUCAUCUUCAUGCUAGUGGUGGGCUUGAUUUCUUUGGUCCUCAACUUCAUGGAACUCUUCCACCUCUGUGGCAAGAGUCUGCUCAACACCGUGAAGGAAGGGGAUUGUUGUUCCUCAUCUGCUCCCCCGCUGCCCUGUGAUGCCAACACCUACUCAACCAAGGUUUGUGAAAUACCCCCUGGGCCAUAUCAGGACAAGUCCUACUUCUACCUCCCGAUGGCUGAGAGGAAUACUCCACCCUACCAGGCCUACAACAAACUGUCCAGCGAACAGAACUGGGCCAACUUCAACACUGAAGAAACCUUGGCCUUGCGAGAUGGGAGGAAGCCCCCUGAGGUCUUUGCUACGGAAGCCCCUGAAGUCCAUCUCUCUCAGGAGAGGCAAUCCAGUCGGCCGAGCAGCAGUGCUUCCAAAAAACAGUAUGUCUAGGCAAACAAGCCAUCCAGACCUAAGUCUGCUGCCUUGAUGGCAACUGUCUCCAGCUAGCAUUCUCCAACGUACCUGCUCAUCAACAGUUUCUAGAGGGUCAAGUGAAACAUGACUUGAUGUUCCUGUCAGGGUGCUGCCUGGUUUGUUAUCCUGCUGUAGCCAAGACUUCCCUGUGGGCAUGGACUAUUGUGUCACGGCGAAUGGGGAACAGAGCUGCUCCCUCUUGCAAGUCAAUGGCAUGGGUGCUUAACGGGCAUUUAAUUAUCACUCAGGUGGGGGUGCUACAAGAAGACUCUUUAAAAGUUGAGUAUGUGGUCUUGGCAGCUUCCAGCAGGUGGAGGACAAACCAUAUGUCAAUACGUGGUACCUUAUAAGAGGUGGCCUCUCUUUUGGAAGCUCACUUGCGUGUUUGAUGGCAGAAGAAAGAUUUGUGGUAUUGGUUGAUUUUAUCAAGUAAACUGGAGGCCACCUGUUUAUUGGUCUUCCUCACAAGGGCUCUGAUUUUGAGGUGUUUUGGAAGGAGAAAAUGUCUUUUCUUGAUCUCUUCUAGGUGAUGGAAACACACCCCAAACAAAACGCACGCAUGUCAACGCAGGACAGGGCUGAGCAGAGAUGCAGAGUGCUCACCUGGAUGUCAACUCAUCCCUUUAUGGUAACAGGCAGAAAGAUGCCAGCUCCGUUCUCCUGUGACCUUCCUACCUUGGCUGGUUUGUGGAAGGAAACAUGUAUAGCUCAUGCCACGUACCUGGUGGCUUCCCUUAAGCAUGUUUCUUCUUUUUUUAAUUAAAAAAGGCAGCUCAAAGAUCUUAAGAUCUUGCCCUUGUUUAUAUUUUGAAGUAUUAUUGAAGGUGUACCUGCUAAUACCUGAACUAUUUAUAUUCUAGCUCCUGGAAAAGAAUUCAUUAAAAAGGAGAUACUAAACCCAGGUUUUUCAAGGAAGAUAAGACUCUUGGGUAUAGUUCUGUAUGUGUACAUGGCUGUAUGUUUGUGCAUGGGGGGGGGGGACAUCGGUUUAAGCUCCCUUUCCCUUUUUCCCAAUCUCCUUGUUUACAGGAUAGCUGGACACUCUUGCAGUAUAUUUGUGACCAAAUAUAGUAGAAUAGACUAAAAUGAGGCUUAAUAUCUAAAAAUGGGCUUCUCUCAAAUACUUCUUACAACAGGGGUCUUCAGCAACUCUUGAAGUCCACUUACUCUCCUCCUUAAAUACAGAACAAAUUAUCAUUCAAUUCUUUUUGAGGUGUUUGCCCUCUCUGUUAGGACAUUGUGCCUUGUAAUGUUGCGGGGGGGGAGCUGCCUUCACGGCUGAUCGUUUGGCUUGCUAGCGAUGAUCAUUGUCUAGGAACAUACAAUGUUUAUUCAGAAGCCCAAGAGGCUUUCCCACACAAGAGACAUUCUCUCAUCCUCGUCUUCCUUAUUCCAUUCAGCUCUCUGCUCUAGUUACACCUGGUUUCUUCUGCUUUCUCAAAUUCAUGUCCCUGGCCUCCAGGUAAUAAACAUGAUCCAGUAACUCGGCUUGCUUCACUUUUUCAUAACUUGGUUAGAACUUGCUUCCAGGACCUCCUUGGAAGCAUCAAGAGUUCAGUUAUGGGUCUUGCUGCUGUCACAGAGCCAAGGGGCAAGCAUGAAUGCUUGCCCAAAACACUGGGUUGGAUCCUGUGGAUCUGUUCUGCAAAUGGUGGCACGUUCCUUGCAAUGCAAGAAAGCUGCUUCACCAUGGAAAAGCAUCACCAUCCUCAGAACAUAUCCACAGGAUCCUACUCUGUCACAUUCUCAUGCCUUCUUGUGCUGAGCAGAUGGACCUGAAAUGGGCCCCGUUGCACUUUGUGUGCCCCGUUAGGGAAUAGAACUAUACUAUAAAUCACAGCUUACUCUGUUUGAGGUGCUACCAAGCAUGUUUAUUGAUGUCUUUUUAUGUUAUUGGCCAAUUUCCUGUCUUAGUUUUGCAUUUGUGAGCCUUUUUGUUAAUUUAUUGAGAGCCAAGCCAAAACUGCAACUGCAAGCGCAGGCCGGAUCGAAUUGGGACAUUAUCUUUAAAAUGUAAGAAUCUCUCCUGAAAUUGCUUCACAGGACGAGUGGGAAUUGGCCUUCCAGAUUCUUUGAUAGUAACACUUGGAAAUCCUGGGAUUAAAUCAGUGAGAGAUGCUUUGAUUUAAAAUGUUCAUUUCUACAAGAACAAUGCUAUAUGCUCAGGACUCAGAUUGAAAUACGGGGUGAUUCCCCCUCCCCCUUUAUGUAGCAUUGAGCACUGUGGUGCAGGGAGGGGAAAUCUUUGUUUUGGCAAAUCUAUUUUCCCCCCUCCAAGAAUCUCUAGCGAAUAGUUCUUGGCCAAAGCUGUGAAACUUGCACUUGUGUGUUUGAUGGAAACCAAAGCAAUGUGGGGAGGGGGUUUCCAAUCUCUAAUUUAACCAAAUUGUAUGAAAGGGGGAGUUCCAGUGGCAGAGUGCCAAGUGGCAGGUCUGGGGAGGGAUUUGAUAUUUAA